GCAAUCAGGGAUAUGCAUGUCUGCGUACUAAUAUAAAUCCACACGGAAGAGAUCAAAGAAUCGACUUUAGGAGGAGUCCAAAAAUGAACAAAGAAGAACAAAAAAGACUUCGAGAGACUAUGCCGGACUGGAGCAGGGUUGUUGAUCCCAUGACCCUAACCAUUGACUUGCCUUGUUUAUCCGAAACAGAUAAGCAACGAAUACGGAAUUCGCAGAUAGGUGUUGUCCAUGGCUGCAACGGUCUCGCCGCUGGGAGUCUAUACAGCGCUUUGAUUCAGAAGAAACAAGGAUUCCGAGAAUUUGUGUUGGCGUUAAGGAGACAGGAUCAUGAAAGCCAGGCAGACAAUUUAGACCCUGGUCAUGACAUUAAAGAGGAAGACGCCUCCUCCAAUUUGGCUGCAAUUUCUCCCCCAGAUAUACCAGUUGGUGCAAGCGGUGGAACGUACUCGACCCCCAUCCUCUGCACUAAUGAUGAACAAGAAAAGCAUCUUCGAAAUGGUAAUUUGAUGUCCAGAAAUGAAACUGUACCGAAAGCCUACAUGAAAAGUAAGAAAAUCGUCAUUGACAAUUCCCCUUAUUCAGCGGAUAAAACAACAACACCAAACAUUGGAUCACUGGGUCAUGCUGAAAACAAACAUAAUCGAAACAUGUCCAAUACAUUAAUUGCUAAUUUGUUUGCAGAGGAUUCAGAUUCUGAUAACAAUGCUAAAGCAAUCAAUAAUGAAACUGAUGUUUGUCAGAAAAAAAUGUCAAAUUUAGGUCCAAGCGACCGAAAUGUCAGUCAUCUGAAACCCGAUGAAAUAAGAUUAAACCUAAACAUUGAUGCGUAUGAGAACGUUGAUUCCAAAGAAGAAACAUUUCGAAAACAGGUAGUGAACGAUUCCAUCGAAGUUGUGUCGUGUAACAUAGGCAAAGUCCACACACGUCAAGCACGUGAAAAACAUAUUUGUGAAGAACAUGUAGAUCACUCAUUUGAAGACAGGCGCAAUUCCGUUCCCAGACACUUAGAUGGUGAUGAUGAACUCGAUAGUAUACGAGAAAAGGGGAAAAAUAAAAGAUGGCCAGGAAUUGAUGCAAGUUGUGAAACAAAGAAUUCUGCGUUUGACGAUCAGGAUUCUGUUUCAUGGAGUAGCCAAAGUGACAGUACUUCAACACAGUUUGGAAAUAAACUCACUGAAUCACUUGACAAUGUAUUGUCUCCAUAUUCUGAGCAACCACGUGGUGUCACCGGGCAAGGGGAAGAUGAAUCCUUUACAAACGAUUGUCAAAAUACAAGAGGAGAUGUUACAGAAGUGAAAGAGAAGGAUUUGCCUCUGAACAACGAACAGCCAGUUAAUGUUAUUGAGCAAUCUGUGAACGAAUGCCCCAUUAUAGGAGAUGAUGCAGCUCAAUCAGAAGAAAACGUUUUGCCUCCUGAUUUUGACCAGUCACGAUAUUUGACUAGGCAAAGAAAAGAUGAACGGUUAACAAACAAUCGGUCCAGUACUGGAGUAGAAGAAACACAAACAGAAUCAAAUAUUGUGCCUACAAAUAAUGACCAGUCACGUGAUUUGACUGGGCCAAGAGUUGAUGAACAGUUAACAAACAAUCUCUCAAUUACUGGAAUAGAAGCAUCACAAGCCGAAUCAAAUACUGUGUCUUCAAAAGAGGAUCAGUCUGGUGAGGUGAAUGUUUGUGUGGGAAAGGCCAAGAAACAGUCAAAUUCUUUAAACAGAUAUGUUAGCCAUGCGGUGUCAGCUUUUUCAUACGUGCGUGAGCAUGUGAUAUAGUUAAAUAGUACAGUCCGUUAUGGAAACCCGCUUCAUUUGAUAGUAUGCAUCAAUUGUAAAAAGAAGGAAGGCUUGAUUGUAAGUUGUAAUUCACGAUAUGGAUACUUGAAAAAAAUGAGUAAUAUAUAUUUCCAGGUCAACUGUUGAAUGUGACGAAAAAAGUGAUGUGUAGUCUAAAAACAAGAUAUGGUGAUACAAAAUGUAGUUUCGACCUAUUUCAAAAUCCUGAUUCCUGCAUAUGGAAAUCGAUGAAAAUGCGUAUUUUCCUACACACAGGACUUCACAUUUUAAACCAAUGAAAAAAAUAUCAAUUGAUAAAAAAAUAAAAUAAUAUAUAUAUAUUUAAACUGGGACUUGUCCAGUAUCAUGGUCCUGCUACAUAUAGAUCAAGGCCCAACAAACAUACACCGUCAUGUAGGAACGUCCAUGGUGAUCUAAACAUGCCUGCUAGUUUUGUCACCCGCCUUAUCUCAUUAUCAUUCCCACACGGCCAUGUAAAUGAACAGUUUAUCAUUAGGUGAAAUAAAGUUAUAUUGUGA